AUGGCCGUCCCGCCGUUUCCGGUGUCGGUGACGUCAUGGGGGAGCGGAGCAGCAGCGAUGGCGAUUUUCCCCGGAGCGCGGAGCGAGGAGGAGGCGGCGAUGCACAGAAAGUACAGCAAGAUGAGGAAAAAGAAGAAAGCGUUGCUGGCCUUGAAGAAGCAGAGUUCAGGAGCUCAGAGCAGCGAGGGGGGCAUCAAACGCUCGCUGUACGGCCAGUCGCUGACUGACACAGCCACGGCCACAGUGGAGGCCAAGAUGCUGGUGAAGACGGGAGCCAUCAGUGCCAUCACAGCCGAGAACAAGAACUCCGGCUUCAAGCGCUCACACACCCUGGAGGGGAAGCUCAAGGUGAGAGAGUGCAUGUUAUAUCGUCAAGAUAUCGUCUCAGACAUGCCGUGCGAGGAUUUUGAGAAUCCCAAAAUCCUGGUGCGCCGCUCGCUACCACACGUCACUGCCUACGCCACCACGUCUCACCAAUCGCCUUGCGCACGUCGUGCCUCGUGA